AUGGGCCAAUCAACAUCCAGCAACUCUUCACACUGCAGCAGCAUCGCAGCGCUCGCGAGCUCCAUAGUACGAGCGCGCGUGCGAGGAGUUUUUUGUUCGCCACACACCGGUGACUGGUUAAACGAGAGUCCGAUGAAAACCAGAGAGCUGCCGACUGUUAAGAAGUUCUGGCGGGACGAUUAUAAACAGGGGAAGAUUUCUGUGGAUGAACUAUCGAAAAAGCUGUUUUUAAACGCGAGUUCUUCCGGUAAUCAACAUGCGCCCGAAAACUUGAUUCUUCUGAGUCGCGCGACGGACUUCGAGAUUCAAGUUUCGGAUUGCCAAGGCGGACAGAAAGGAGGACGGGUGGAGGAGAACCAUGAGUGUUGCGUCUCGCUGUGGGACAUGGAAAGAAUGUCAGGAGGUGCCGUGACUCCAGGCAGAGUUUCGGAGGAAAAUGUAACCCAGUGCCUGAACACCCCAGACUUUCUUGUAGACUUCAGCUGUUCGUCUCCGUUGGCUAAACAGAAAAUGACCAAAAGUACGUUGAAAGCCUCAACGUCUGAUAGGAGGAGUGAAGAAGAAGGGGAGCAUAAAGUCUCGAUCCCGUUCCCUAGGAUUAUUCCCAAACUAAUAGUCACCCAUGAUGAUCUGGGUCCUGGUCAGGACAGUCCGCGCAUCACGGAUUUGACGCUGAGCAUGGGCGGGUUUUCUCUGGACCUGCACCCCGACGAGGACUCGCCCUGCUCGGACAGCGGCUGCGGAGGCUCCCCUGCGCCCUCUCUGUUCCACAGAAAACUCUCCAGCUCCUCUUCUGCUGGAUUAUCCUCUGCCUCGUCGUUUGAGGAGUCUGAGGAUGACUUCACAGGCAGUGACAUUGAGCCCACCAGUCUGUCCCCCAGUAUGUUCGGCAGUCCCGAUGAACUGGCUGGGGCUAAAUCGUGGAAAAAGUUGAAGACCAUGGUGCAUUGCUCUCCCUUUGUGGUUUCCUUUAAGAAACGAUAUCCUUGGAUUCAGCUCGCAGGCCAUGCAGGUAGUUUCCAGGCGGGCGAGUAUGGGAAACUGUUGAAGAAGUAUUGUGAAUGUGAACAUCAGUGUCUGGAGAAGCUGAUGAAUGACAACCUCCGGCCUUUUGUACCUGGUUAUUAUGGUGUCGUGCAGCAGAAUGACCAGGAUUACAACCUGAUGGAUGAUCUGCUGACCGACUUUGACUCCCCUUCGAUCAUGGAUUGCAAGAUGGGAAGCAGGACAUACCUGGAGGAAGAGCUGGUGAAGGCCCGCGAGCGUCCUCGUCUCAGGAAGGACAUGUAUGAGAAAAUGGUGGCUGUGGACCCGGGAGCGCCCAGUCCAGAGGAGAGAGCCCAGCAGGCCGUUCUCAAACCUCGAUACAUGCAGUGGAGGGAGACGCUGAGCUCCACCGCCACGCUCGGCUUCCGCAUCGAGGGCAUCAAGAAAGCAGACGGCACAUGCAACACCAGCUUUAAAAAAACCAAACAUAAGGAGCAGGUGACGAAGGCCUUGGUGGACUUUGUGGAUGGAAACACACAGUUACUGAGGAGUUAUCUUCAGAGACUGGCGGAGCUGCGCAGCGCUCUAGAGACGUCAGGGUUUUUCAGGACACACGAGGUGGUUGGGAGUUCCUUGCUGUUCGUGCACGACGCUUCAGGCCUGGCCCGAGUCUGGAUGAUCGACUUUGGUAAGACCAUCCCACUGCCACCACCCCAAACCCUGGACCACCGGACGCCCUGGGCCGAAGGGAACCGGGAGGACGGGUACCUGUGGGGUCUGGACAACCUCAUUCAGAUCUUUAGUGACAUGUUGCAAGACUCGACUCCCGCCUCACCCUGAUGGAUGCGCCCAACGUGCUUCGGCCUGUAGGAACACGCUGAUGGAUAAGAGAGGAGCGCUCUCGUGCUGAGGGAGUGACAGUAAGCCAACAAAGCACGAGUGGAAAAACUCAAAACUCACGUUCCUCAUUCCUUUUUUAGUCAUGUGGUCCUGCAGAAGCUCCACAACAAGUCCAGAUACACUGACACUGAAACCAAACAGACAGAUGAGAAGAAACUAUCAUGAUUAUUCUUUAAACUUCACUUGUCUCUUUUUUUACCUACAGGUAUGAUGAUAAGAUAACACUAUUACACUGACUAGAAUGUGCUUUGUUUUUCUAAACGUUUUUUUUUUAUUCCUUGUCGGGGGUUCACGGUUAUGUAAAUAGUGCUUAUUUAAUUUUUAUUUACUGAAUAAUUUUUUUUCUCUGAUUUUUAGUUCCGUAAUCUAACUAGUACCUCGUUUUAUUUCUGAAAGGUGAUGCAGGCGGAAUCUCGUCUAAUCUUAAUGGUGUUUGAUAUUUCCAUGAUUUAACCUUUUAAACAGUUCGGUCAGAGGUGGAGUAGUAGAGUUAGUCACAAACAUUUUUGCACUCAACUAACCGCCCACAUCGUGGAUAGAUAGAUACUUCUUCUUUACUGAUCAGAAUUAGAUGCAGUGUUUCUUUAAAAAUAGCCACAGUUACAAAGAUGCUCAACAAGUAUAGAUAUUUAGAUACACGUGUUGAUGGAAUGGUUUGAUCUGUUUGUUCACUCUUGUUUCGUUAGUUUUUAAGGCUGACCUGUUCAGUUCAGUUUCUAGGUUAAAAGGGGUUUGAGAAGUCAACCUCCUUUAUCUGCCCCUACAACCAUUAACCUGAUUUUAUUUUUGUAUGAAGGAGUAGUUCACUUUAAAAAAAAAAAAA